CACAAGCUAUUGGCGCGAGGGUCUGUCAUUGGUUUUGGAGGGAAAAGGCAGAAAUGGCGGAAGAUUACGAGCAGGACGCGGGGCAGGUGGAAGAAGAGUUCGCCGUCUGGAAGAAGAACACCCCUAUCCUCUACGAUCUCGUCGUUUCUCACCCACUUCAAUGGCCUUCUCUUACCGUCCACUGGGUCCCCUCCUCCCCCCAGCCCCAACCCCACUCUUCUUUCAACCUCCACAAGCUCCUCCUCGGUACUCACACUUCCGAAGGCGUCCCCAACUUUCUCAUGAUCGCCGAGGCUGCUCUCCCCGUCAACACAUCCGAUGCCGUCGCUAAUGUCGAUUCCGAGAAUCCUGCUACCCCUAGGAUAGAAAUCACUCAAAGAAUUGCCGUUGACGGCGAGGUGAACCGAGCGCGGUGCAUGCCGCAAAACCCGAAUGUUAUUGGCGCUAAAACUAGUAGUUCCGAGGUUUAUGUGUUCGAUUCUGGAAAACAGCUCGGGAAGCAGCGGGCGCUUGGCUGUGACCCUGAUUUGAGACUGAGGGGUCAUGGCAAAGAAGGAUAUGGUUUGUCUUGGAGCCCCUUUAAGCAAGGGCACCUUUUAAGUGGUUCCCAUGACCAUAAGAUUUGCUUGUGGGAUAUAUCAGCUUCCCUUCAAGAGAACGUGCUUGACGCAAUUCACAUUUAUGAGGCCCAUGAAACUGUGGUUGAAGAUGUAUCCUGGCAUAUGAAGAAUGAGAAUUUAUUUGGGUCUGUAGGAGAUGACUGUAAGUUGAUUAUUUGGGACUUGCGGACAAACCAAGCCCAGCAAUCAGUCAAAGCACAUGAUAGGGAGGUGAACUUUCUCUCUUUCAACCCAUUUAAUGAAUGGAUUCUGGCAACUGCAUCUUCAGACUCAACUGUUGGUCUCUUUGAUACACGAAAGUUGACAGUGCCACUUCAUGUACUAAGCAGUCACACAGAUGAGGUAUUUCAAGUAGAAUGGGAUCCUAAUCAUGAGACCGUGUUGGCAUCUUCUGGUGCUGAUAGAAGGCUAAUGGUGUGGGACCUUAACAGAGUUGGGGAUGAGCAGUUAGAAGGAGAUGGGGACGACGGGCCGCCUGAGCUUCUCUUCUCUCACGGAGGUCACAAAGGGAAAAUAUCAGACUUUUCGUGGAACAAAAAUCAGCCAUGGGUGAUCUCCAGUGUAGCUGAAGACAACUCUUUCCAGGUUUGGCAAAUGGCCGAGAGCAUUUACCAUGACGGUGAUGACGACGACAUGUGGACUGCUGAGGGCGAGAACUACGCAUAGACCUUGUUCAGAGGCAAUGAUCUGUAUUCUCGUUUUUACUUGUAUCCAAUUUGCAUUGUGCCCGACUUCUGUUGGCCAAAGGAAAAUUCAACGUGACCUGAUGAUCGUACUCAGUUGCAAUGGCCGUUGGCAGAAUUAUCUUGUUCA